AUGGAAAGGCCAUCACACAAUGAAGCUGAUACUGCUUCUGGUGAUGAUGAUGAUGAUGAUCAGGAUGACUAUAAUGAUUAUGGUGUUGCUGGUGAUGAUAAUGAUGAUGAUGAUGAUUAUGUGGUUGCUGGUGAUGAUAAUGAUGAUGAUGAUGAUCAGGAUGACUAUAAUGAUUAUGGUGAUGAUAAUGAUGAUGAUGAUGAUGAUGAUGAUUAUGGUGUUGAUGGUGAUGAUGAUGAUGAUGAUGAUGAUGAUGAUCAGGAUGAUGAUGAUGAUCAGGAUGACUAUAAUGAUUGUGGUGUUGUUGGUGAUGAUAAUGAUGAUGAUCACGGAUAA